AGUGCUGUCGGAAUAUUUAAAUUAAGUCGGUUAAACUUCACACGAACAUAAUGGCAAAUGGGGACAACUUGGAGACAUUAGAAAUUAAGUUUAUUUCUAUUAUUUGCUGUUAAUGAAUACACCUUAAAAAUAUAUAUAUUUCGUGUAAACAUUAUGACGUUUCAUCCUGGAGCAUAUAGUUUAUUAAUAAACGACAACCAUAUACACUUCUGUUACAGAUUUUAAUCUAACCAUAACUACACCUUCAUUGGAAAAGUAAACGAAGAGCGCUGGAAAUCAUGAGCUUGACCAUAAAUGUACCUGAUAGCUCCACUUGUCAGGGAGCAUCGACAUGUUUGCGCUCGGCAAACUUGUGCACGAUGUAACUGUAAAAUAGUCCUGCUAUUUUAAUGCGUUCCCACUCAAUAUGUGCUAUGUACUUAAUUUAAUAUGAAUGAGAGUUAGUUCAGUAAAGAAACAUAAAGAAUAGGCUUAUGCAAAUAUUAAUGUAUGUAUUUUGUGGUUUGAUUUAUCCAUUAACUUUGUUUACUACUCAUAUUUCAUGAUUAUAGCAUGACAUCAUGUUUCCUUUUUUGUUUACUACCUUACUACAUAGUGAUGUGUAGCGCCCCCUACAGUAAUGUAUUUUGUUUGUACGUCCCUUGACCCGGAAGUACAAUUCAUUCCUCUCGGCCACGCGUGGUAAAGGAUUGACUAUGGGCAAGUCCAGACAAACGGGAAACCACAAAAGUGACGCAAAGAAGCACAUUGCAAGGACAUGGAAGAACAAACACAAGACUAAAGACCUGGACCAGAUCCACGCAGACAUGAAGCCUGAGAUAGCAGCCGCUCUGCUCCACCAGGAGGUGGACAUCGAUGUGACGGGAUGUGCUCAACACUACUGUUUACACUGCGCGAGAUACUUUGUGGAUUUGAGGUCCAUGAAAGAGCACUUCAAAACUAAAGUGCACAAAAGACGGUUGAAACAGCUCAGAGAGGGGCCCUACACACAUGCAGAGGCCGAUAGAGCAGCGGGGAUGGGCUCCUACAUCCCUACACCAAAAGUUGAAGUGAAGACACAGACCGUGGAAGAGGACAUGGACUGAGGGCUGCUUACUUGAACUGAUCAAUGCAAUUAAAAAAUGAAUGAUGCUUAUACUAUCUCUUGCUGUCACAGGUGUUGAGUGCAUUGUUAAAUGUUGUUUUGUGAUACACUUUUCAGCUGUUAGACAUCUGUCUAUCAACAGAAUCAGGAAAGGCUCACCUUAAUCUGGUUAAUGUAAUGCAACAUGUUCCUAUCUAAAUAUUGAGUAUUUGUGGAAUGCUAAUGAACUAUAACAUAGAGCUGAUAUUGAAUGCGUUCUUAUGGGACUACAAAGUUUAAUUAAAGCAUUGUUUCCUCAG